GGAUCUCUUAUCCAUAAGCUCCCUUGACUGGCGGUAUUUGUUGUUGCAUGAGGUUGGCUGGCAGUCGGCCAGUGGCUGACUGAACUGCGCAAUGGCGUGCGUCUGGGGGGAGUUGGAGGAUGCGCGUACCCCAAGCAACCAGAGGCCAGUAAAAAGAGAGUGUGCACAUCGCUAGGCCUCUCUGAGUCGCUCGCGCCGUACGGUACCCGAGAAUGCUUGAGGUAGCGUGUUGCAGCAAGGACCUGGAGCAAGCCCCCCCAGGAAGCGACAGAAACGCCCGCACUGUCCGAGGGCCCCACAGUCGCAGCCCGCCCCAGUCCCAGUUCCUGGGCAUCGCAGCAACGACCUACCGUCUAUUUUCUCCCCUUCCAAGGUUCUCUGCUGGCUCGGCGUUCGUUGCUGCCGUCCCCAGUACCGUCGUCGGUUGCUUGUUUUGACACGACCUUUAAUCUCUCCUUACUCUCUCUCUCUACCUCUACCCUAUUCUUUCCUUUUCGUCUUUUGUUUUCCCUUUUCCCUGAAGGAGGAGGAAUUGCGCCUGCAGCUGCGCGUGUUUGGGACGAGAGAGAAGCUAAAGGCGGUGUUGUUUUGGCAAACGGCCCUCCACUCACAGUCCUCCCUUGCCCUCACUCGGGUUGCGAUAGUCUCCUCUCGACGACCACAGCAACGGCCACAAUCACGACCCGGCCACGGCCCAUUGCGACCCCAUCCUGACGAAUUCAAAGGCUGAAAGCCCUUGUCACGCUGUGCUGUGGAUCUCCUCAUUGUCAGCUGCAGCCCGCCCGCGUUGACUCCACGACAAACGGAGUUGUCCUCGCUCUCCCCGUGCCGGGCUCCGCAACAAGUGAAAGCGACUUCGCGUUAGUUAGGAGGAGCAGCUUUCUGCGCGCCGGCUGCCUUCCUACAGGCUCGGUAUUGUUUCCCCAGGUGAACAACGGCGAAGCUGUUGACGGCAAGGACGCGACAGUGCCAUACCGGGCCCGCAUUCCACAUUCCGCAUUGCUUCAGCUCAAUCUCUCCGACCCCGACAAUCUACUCCCGCCCUCUAAUGCCCUGACGAUGCGAACCACGACCCGAACUAAAGCCGACACCCUCCCCGUCCUUUUCUUCUCUCGCCACGCUUCGCCGUCGAGAUAACAGUCCGUCCGCAGCCAGGAUGCAGGCUGUGCCGAGUCUUGUGGGAACCGGCACUGCCAUCGCGGCCGCCGCUGCUGGUCUGGUAUUUGGUCAGCCGUCAGAGUCGGAAGUGCCGCCAUGGUCCAGCCCGAACCCCGGAGUAUUUUCUGCCGACUACGAUGCCUUCGGCUCUCAAGCCUCGAGUGCGAGGCCUAACACGAGUGCCGCAGCUCUGCAGCAACGAUGCUCUUCACCAGUCCAGGAGUUUGCCUACGGCUCGUUUCGCCAGCUUGUCGACCCAACUCCAAGUCCUCUGAUGUCCCCUACCACGGAAGCGGCUCAACCUCAGCGACCCGGCAGCGCCGUACCGGUCACAUCACCGAGAACUACCAGCGGGAGACAGUCCUUUCUUCGCCAAGAUACCAAAGAAUCAGUGCCGCGGCAGGAUGUAGAAAGUGCUCGCGACUCCGUGUCUUCUAGGGAAUCGUGGAUUCGGCGCUUCUCAUUGCGCCCGAUAUCACAACACGGGAGCCCAAGGUCAAGCAUGGGACCCGACUCGUCAUCCUUGACAUUCUCACAUGGCUCAGGUGUCCCGAUGCUUGGGCAACAAUCACUUGCCAGCUCGGCCCCCAACAAGUUGGUAAAGAGGAAUGCCCCUGGUUUCGGUGAGCCACACGGAUCUCACCAACGGCGGGGCUCCAAGUCGCAGGUGUUGACCCUCCGGAGACCGGCUACUAGCCACCAACGGACAGCAACCAUGCAGCAACAAUCACAACUGCAAGGUAACUCGGUUGACCCUCCGCCUUCCGCUGGAGCUGGGGCCGGGCCCAAGUUUUCAUAUGAGCCUUCGAGUGUCCCAGAGACAGAAACACCAACGUCUUCAUCAUUUGGCGGCUCUAAGCGUUCCUCCAGCAGAUGGACGUCGUUUUUUCAUGCUCGGCGGGCGGCGGGCCUUGGUCGUGACGCUUCAGGACUUACGAGUGGACAGAGCGCUAAGCUCGCUUCCCUGUUCCCCAAAAGACGAGUGUCUCUAACCCCAGGCCAUGUUUCUCGAGCAUAUCUCACCAAGGCAGAUUGCAUAACAGACAUUCCUGUGUUUGUGGAUGAAGCUGAGCAGCAGGAAGAAGAUUUCGGGCACAUUGAGGACCUAGAGGUUCUGCAGAGUCCAGUCAACCCCACCGACUUGCCCGAAACAUCUUCCGAGAAGCGACCGAAGAGGUCAAUGUCGAUGCAUUUUAGUUCAGCCCAAAACUGGAUCGCGAGAACCUCGAGCGUUCGGCGUCCUAGAAGGAGUACCGUUGACGCCAAGGGCGGAAAUGAUAGUCGAUAUGCGACCGCCGACCUGGCCGGCAUGCUUCGCGACCCAAUGCAGUCUCCGGGCAGCCCAACCACACAAGAAAUUGUUGUGCCACCCAACUACCAGCCGCAAGCACCACAGCUUGAGCCUGCACCAACCCUCUCGGAUGCUCCACGGAACCGCAAGAGAAAUUCACCCUCUCCUCUUCCGCCAUUAAACCGUCUAUCCAGCUUCAACAUCGACGUUUCACGACUUGGGCUGUCAAGCUCUUCCUCUUCCACACCGCCUCCAAGAUCAUUCCAUACCCCGAUAAACUACAUGAACGGCUCCCAGAACCCUCCUGCUCCCACACAUAGCCGAGGUCCUUCGGGGGAACGAUCAAUCACGCUGGCAGGCUCCGACUUUGAGGUCCACGAUGCAGAUGACGAAGACACAGAUGUCCGGAGUGAUGCCUACGAUUCCUUCCGCACCAUCGCCUCUUCCAGUCGGGUUCGGUCUGUUGAGACACCGCUAGACUCGAUGUUUGAUGAAUCGCCACCGAGCACUGCCAGCAACGGCAAAACCAAGAGGUUAUCGAUUCAAGAGAUGCUGGGACGUGGAUGGGAUGGCGAAACCAAGAUUACUGAAGAGGAAGACAGUGCAGCCACGCCUGUUCGGAGCACUCACCUGGAUGGCACAACAAAGCCCAUCAAGUUGGACGGGUUUGGUUAUGGUGGUCAGGGAGGUCUGAUGCUGGUACACCGAGAGUUUGCGGCCAGGUUAUCUUUUGAUGAUGACGACGACGAUGACUGGGCACGAGACGACGAUAACACUUUGAGCAAUCAUCUUUCGCCACCGAGCUCGACGAAUUCGAGACGUGUCAGUCCGACACUUCGGCAUGCGCUCAAAAAUUUGGGUGGGAAUGGGAGCCCCGAUCUGUCUCGUGAUAGUAUGAGCGACCGGCCGAGGAGCAGCAUAUUUGACUGGUCAGAACCAUCGAUCCAUGACAAGCUCGAUUCCGAUACAACCCGACCCAAAACGGUUCAUGGGAAGCAGGAGAUGGAUUUGAGGAUUGGUCGUUCGACAAGUCGGAAAGCCCCGAAAGCCGGGCAUGUACGGAGCCAGAGCGUUCCUGUUGUUCCAGAACCUACUGAUGAAUCCAAACCGCCUCCAAAGUUUGGAACAUGGGGGCUGAGUACAAAAAAUGCCAGCGAGGACUGGGAUGAUGAUUUCGAUUUUGACGAAACCCCGCUUGAUACGACCGGAGGAAAGGACUCUAGCACGAGUUUUAUGGUCGUUCCCCCGUCGAUUCAAGCCAGUCAGCCGAGUGUAAAAGCCCAUUCGGGUCAAAUACGGGAACUUUCCUUGCUCGUCAAUGACUUGAAACGACUAUGCCGCCAUGGCAAAGACCUCAACAUUAUUCACGGGGCCAUACAACCAAAAUGGGUCGAGGCGGAAAAUAUUAUUGCCCUGGCAUCGCCCGAUGAGGACGAAGCUGAUGAGUUUGGUUCAGUCAAGUUGUCACUGGACUUUGAUCGAGAUGAUCUUGAUGAGAUUGAUGAACGUUUUAUCGACGAGGGUUUUGAUGGCUCCAUGCUUGAUAACAUUAACGAUCCUUUCGAGAUUCCCGAGCCGCAGAUGAUGACCCGGACGACAGUGGUACGAGAACGAGCGACUGUCCGAAGACGGUCGGUGUUUUCACCUGACGACGAUAUUUUCGGCGGUCAGUGGCCACUGCCCGACGAGCCGCUUAAGCCUCCACGACCACGAACACCAGACGGUUCGGUAAGCCCCAAUGGGAGCUCUGCCGUUCUGGCCACCGUGAUCCAGGCAAUGCAGCAACAGCGGUCUACUUCCGAUCCCAUCGCCGCCACCGCCACCAAGACCCAAGACACCAAGCUGUUCUUUGACACAAACAGUCUCCAAGAGCUGGUGAAGAGGGCUGGUCACCUGCGAGACUCGCUGUCGGAUGCAGUACGCAAAGCUGAACUGCUUACCCAAAGCCCGGCCGCCACUCCUCGUCGUGAGCGACUUUCGCAUCUCAAUCUGGAUGGCAGCCCAGCCUUUACGCGAGUGUUUUCGGAUCCUGCUGCGUCUAGUCCACCCAGGAGGCUUCCAAAGAGCCACAGCAGCAACUCUAUCUUGGGCAGGGGGUCUGCUGACUCGCCUCGGAUGCAGAUGAUGAUCGUAAGCUAGAUGCAUGGGAAGUUUAGCAUGGUCGGGACCCGCAAACACAAACACCCACCCACUCACUCACCCACACACACACACACACACACACACAAACACACACACACACAACAUUGUUCACUACGAUACCAAAACACGAUACCACAAUUCUAAACCCGCGGAACUCUUUUUUCAUCCCCAUCAACAUCAACAUACCCACGAACCUUUUGUGUAUAUGUACGAGUAUUAUUGGAGACGCCAUCCAUUCAUCCGUCGAUCCAUCCGUCUUGGUUGCUUAAGGGGAGAUGAUGGAGAUGGUUUACAUAUUGAGUUGGGGGAAGAGGGGGGAACAGAGAGAAGGGGUAGGCACAUUAGGGGGGGGUGCAACAAGAAGAGAAAGAAGAGCACAAGAGAGAGCGAGUGGCUUCCCUUUAUUUUUUUCUUCUAUUAUACAAAACGGUUUUAUUUUAUUUUACUAUUUUACUACUAAGUUUUUUUUCUUCUACCAUUCUCUUCGUUAAAGGGGGUUCUUCUUUCUGGGGGUUGGGUGUUUCUCUCUCGUUGUGGUUCGGUGGCUUUUGGUCUUCGGGGGCAUUUGAUUCUGCCCAUUUUUUUGGGCAUUCAAGACAGAGCAAUGAUUGGGUGUGUAGGAGGGGAGGUAUACAAAAGGGGGGGUUUUACGUUUUCGUGGUAGAGGGGAAGGAAAGAAAGAAAGUAGUUUCAUGUAGUAGAGCAUACUGUGAAUCGGGAGCUUUAUUGUUAUGUGGCUAUGUCCUUUUCUUGUGUUGGUUUUUUUUUUUCUUAUGCGUGGUUGUUGGUUUGUUGUGCUUUUUGUGUAUGAGUGAUGGUGCACGGGGAUGAUGGGUUAUGAUUGGUGUGCUGGUUGGAUGGAAUGAGAAAAGUAAAGAAAAGAUGAUGAGGGGAUGGAUGGGGUGGUGAAGAAGGGGGAAGAGGGGGGUGAUAUUAUUACUUUUUUCUUGAACUGGGAUACGAUACUGAUAAAAACU